AUGUCCACUGGAGGCAGGUUUGACUUUGAUGAUGGGGGGUCGUACUGUGGGGGCUGGGAACAGGGAAAAGCCCACGGCAGAGGGGUCUGCACAGGACCCCAGGGUCAGGGCGAGUACGCGGGGGCAUGGAGUCACGGCUUUGAGGUCCUCGGUGUAUACACGUGGCCCAGUGGUAACAGCUAUCAGGGCACCUGGGCGCAGGGCAAGCGGCACGGCAUUGGAGUGGAGAGCAAGGGCCGCUGGGAUUAUCGAGGAGAAUGGACGCAAGGGUUCAAAGGUCGCUAUGGACAGCUGGAGAGCACAGCCAGCGGUGCCCGCUAUGAGGGAACGUGGAGCAACGGCCUCCAGGAUGGAUAUGGAACUGAAACCUAUUCUGAUGGAGGAACCUACCAGGGCCAGUGGCUGGGUGGAAUGCGUCAUGGCUACGGUGUGCGGCAGAGCGUGCCAUACGGCAUGGCGGCCGUCAUCCUAUUCCCUCUGCGAACAUCCAUAAACUCCCUCCGUUCUGAGCACAGUCACGGCCCACCGGCUGUGCUUGAGGAUGGCGUAGCCAAUACACCCACGGACGGGGUAGUGGCUGGGCUGGCUGGCAGUCCUGUGGGUCGAGGAGGGUUUGCUCUAACUGCUCCAAGUGAAGCUGAGCGCCAGAGAAAAAGGAAAGGUCGCUUCCGACAAUCCAUCCUGAAUGGUCUGAAGCUACGGCGCUCGGAAUCCAAAAGCUCACUUGCCAGUCAGCUGAGCAAGCAAAGUUCCUUCUGCAGCGAAGCGGGCAUGAGCACGGUCAGCUCGGCUGCGUCCGACAUCCACUCUAAUGCUAGUGAGAAUGAACACGGUACUCCUGUGGAUGCAACUGUGACAGAAAUGUAUGCAGGUGAGUGGCGGAGCGAUCACAGGGCUGGCUGGGGCAUGAGUCGACGCUCGGACGGCCUUCACUACGCGGGUGAAUGGGCAGGGAACAAAAGACAUGGGUAUGGAUGCACUACCUUUCCUGAUGGCACCAAGGAGGAAGGGAAGUACAAGCAGAACGUGUUGGUGAGCGGCAAGCGGAAGAACCUGAUUCCACUGAGAGCCAGUAAAAUCAGAGAGAAGGUGGAUCGAGCUGUGGAAGCUGCAGAAAAGGCUGCGGAAAUUGCCAAGCAGAAAGCAGAGAUUGCCAUGUCAAGAAUGAGCCACGCACGUGGAAAGGCAGAGGCGGCUGAGGGAGUUGCACAGAAGGCCAUGGAAGAAUGUCGACUCUCCCGGAUAGCAGCCAAAGAGCUCUCACCCUUCUUUCACAUCUAUGGCAAUGGUGAGUUGUCAGGGCUGGAAUGUCAGAAGCUCCAGCACCAGGACGCCAAGGACAAAGACCAUGAGGUCAUCUCCACUGGAACAGACAGUCCAGAGCUAUGUACUCCGGACACGACACCGCCUGUAAUAACGCCUAAUCUCAGUCCUGUGCUGAGUGUCCCCAUCUGUCCAACUCGCAGCCCACCCAAUCAUAUGCAUCGCCCCAGAAAUGCUUGCUUCAUGCGACAGAGUGCCGUGGACGAUCAAGGCGGGUCAGAGAUCCAGGUGCUAGUGGAGUCACGGGAUAUGGACCUGCUGAAAGGGGGUUCUAACAAUUGGGUGGAUGGUGUUUACCCGGAUCGAGGAUGUAGCAGCCGUUCAACAACGCCCUCUUUACUAGAAGAACAGGAGGGACAAAUUAAUGGCCACGAUCCCGUCCUUUUGUCCAACCACAAGCUACGGGAUAAAUCAAUGUCCAAUCACAAAGUCCGGGAGCACACGUCUUCCCACAGAGCAUGGGAGAACUCUGUGUCCAGCCAAAAAUCCUCCAAGCAUGCCUCUUCCAAUCACAAGUCGAGGGAGUACACAUCAUCCAAUCAUAAAACAUGGGAUCCUUCUUCUACCAACCACAAGGCUUGUGAGCAUGCCACUUCCAACUAUAGGCAGGUACACAUUUUGUCCAGUCAAAAGGCUUUGGAACAUAACAUGUCUAAUCACAAGACUUCUGAGCAUGCUUCCUCCAAUCACAACUCCCAAGAUCAUAUUUCUUCCAAUCACAGCCCCAAUGACCAUGUGGCCUCCAGUUACUUCCGAAAGCAUGUCUUCUCCAACCACCUAAAGCAGCACAAUCCCUCCAACCACAAGCAUAACGAGCAUGCUGUAAUUGACCAAAGGCAAGACGGCCACACCGAGGGCUGGACUGCAGUUACCACCCUUAGGUGGAGCCCUGCCCACUCACGCCUCACAGAGCAAGAUGAGGAGAAGAUGAAUGAAUACACAGUCGACAUGAGGCUUCAGUGUCCGGAAUCGCAGAUACUGCAGGGGUUGGCUGAGGAUUCGCCUGCAGCCCUAAAAAACAAUAGGCUGCGAUCCCGAGCCCUGAGGCCAGUUAGAGAGGGAUCUGUGGACUCGGUCCAAAUGCUUGACAAUUUGAGUGUGGGGGCAGAGUUGGAGGACUGGCCGUUGCAUAGGGACCUCACCCUCUCCCCACCGCUUCAGUCUCAGCCCAUCACACUGGAGCAGGAAGGAGAGCUUUUCCCACUCAAAUCAAACUCAGGCUCCAGCUCCAUUCUGGUGGUUAUGGUCAUCUUACUCAAUAUUGGAGUAGCCAUUCUUUUCAUUCAUUUCUUUAUUUAG